CCCAGUAAAAAAUAUCAGGAAAGAAGAGGAAAAAAAUGGAUAAAUGUUCUCUGCAGAUUGAGAGGAAGUCCUCAAUUGAAAAUGAGCCUCGGACGCUUACGAUAGAUCAACUUCAGUUUGCAAGGGAGGAAGCGCUCUGUGUGUUGAAUACCAGGGGCAUAGAAGAAGCUAUUCGCAUUUUCACAGAGGGUUUGAAGCCGGUGGUGAGCUCUGCGUGUCAAAAGAGAAGUAUAAAAAAGGAUUCAGAUGAAGAAUUUGAGUGCUUUGCAACUCAAUUGAAACUCCCACGGUUAAGAGAUGUAGUCUCAGCACCUUUCUGAGUGGGUUGGGUCGUUCACUUCCUGUUUCUGGGCUUGCUUACUUUCUUCACAGAUGUACAGGAUGGAAUUUUGCCUUCGUUCUUUAUGUUCUUCUGUUUUCUAUUUUAAUUUUUGUAAAUAUAACAAAAUAAAUUUCAAAUAAAAUAUUAAAAGAACCGCCAAAAUUUUUAGAUGUAUGUAUGUAACUAGUUGAUAA